AUGAACAGUCCUAAAGCGGGAAUCACCACCAACAACAUUUGGCACCAAGCUCCAAGCUCCAAGCACCAAGCUCCAAGCACCAAGCCCCAAGCUCUAAGCUCCAAGCCCCAAGCUCCAAGCUCCAAGGUCCAAGCCCCAAGCCCCAAGCUCCAAGCUCCAAGGUCCAAGCCCCAAGCCCCAAGCUCCAAGGUCCAAGCCCCAAGCCCCAAGGUACAAGCUCCAAGCUCCAAGGUCCAAGCCCCAAGCCCCAAGCUCCAAGGUCCAAGCCCCAAGGCCCAAGCUCCAAGGUCCAAGCCCCAAGCCCCAAGCUCCAAGGUCCAAGCCCCAAGCUCCAAGGUCCAAGCCCCAAGCCCCAAGCUACAAGGUCCAAGUCCCAAGCUCCAAGGUCCAAGCCCCAAGCUCCAAGGUCCAAGCUCCAAGGUCCAAGCCCCAAGCUCCAAGGUCCAAGCCCCAAGCCCCAAGCUCCAAGGUCCAAAGUCCAAGCCCCAAGCUCCAAGGUCCAAGCCCCAAGGUCCAAAGUCCAAGCCCCAAGCACCAAGUGCCGAGCCCCGAGCGCCGAGCUCCAAGCACCAAGCACCAAGCGCCAGGCCCCAAGCACCAAGCGCCGAGGGCCAAGCUCCAAGCACCAUGCUCUACCGACUGAGCCACACAGGACCUCAUGAUCAUGAUGAUUAUAACAUUUGCAUCUAG